AUGGACAAGGCUUCUUUCAUCAACGAAGCAAGUAGAAGACUGAGGAAGUUGAUCGGUCUACUGCCAUUCAGCAAAUUUUGGAUUGGCAGUCGUAGAGUCACCAAAAUCGAUAGUGGCAGAGGGAGUUACUUGGGUAUACCUUUCGGCACCAUAGGUAUUGAUUCUACUCAUUGCUCUCUCUCUCCCCCUUCAUCCGAGCUCAAAUUGGAUCUUGAAAAUGGAAACGUCUUGGUUGAUUCAGGGCAUACCCGUCUCCAUGAGCUCGGUUACAAACAAGAGCUCAAGCGUGAUCUCUCGGUGAUUUCCAACUUUGCGUUUUCAUUUUCUAUCAUCUCUGUGCUUACUGGUGUAACCGCCCUUUACAACACUGGGUUAAAGUUUGGUGGGCCAGUGUCUUUGGCUUAUGGCUGGUUAAUAGCCGGGACUUUCACCAUGUUUGUUGGGUUUUCCAUGGCUAAGAUUUGUUCCUCUUUCCCAACCUCUGGUGGACUCUACUAUUGGAGUGCUAAGCUUGCUGGCCCAAGCUGGGCACCUUUUGCCUUAUGGUUAACUGGCUGGUUCAACAUUGUUGGUCAGUGGGCUGUUACAACAAGUGUAGAUUUUUCACUUGCACAGCUGAUUCAAGUGAUCAUUCUACUUAGCACAGGUGGGAAGAAUGGAGGUGGAUAUGAGGCAUCUAAAUAUGUUGUUAUAGGUUUCCACGGGGGGAUUUUACUCCUACAUGCUAUCAUUAACAGUCUUCCAAUCUCUUGGUUAUCUUUAUUUGGACAGUUAGCUGCAGGAUGGAACAUUGUAGGUGUAUUUGUUCUUAUGAUUCUCAUUCCCUGUGUUGCAACGGAAAGGGCUAGUGCCAAGUUCGUUUUCACUUACUUCAACACCGAUAAUGGUGAUGGAAUCAAUAAUAAAUUAUACAUAUUCAUUCUGGGCCUUCUAAUGAGUCAGUACACGCUUACUGGGUAUGAUGCCUCUGCUCAUAUGGUGAGUUUCUUUUUUCUUUAUUCUUUUUUCUUUUUUCUUCUUUUUCCUCUUUUUGCCCCUUUCAUCUCCUCAAUAUAAUAUAAAUAUAAUGCA